UCUCACUCCGCCUUUGUGUUUACCUCCUUUCUCUUUUCCCGUGUAAUACUAUUGUCUCUAUCUUCUCCUCUUGUAUUUUAUUUUCUCUCCCUUAAAAUAAUAAUUUUGAUUAUCCUCUCAUAAUGCUUGCAUCCCGGUUCUCCCGUGCGCUUCCUCGCACUGUUCCUUCUUUUGCCCGUUCCUCCACCUACAGGCUUCCCACUACAUCCUUUCGGAGAUGGAACUCGACAGAAGCGGGAGAGGAGAAGGUAAAGGGCCAAGUCAUUGGUAUUGAUUUGGGUACUACCAACUCUGCUGUGGCUGUCAUGGAGGGAAAGACUCCAAGAAUCAUUGAAAACGCUGAAGGCGCACGAACAACUCCCUCUGUUGUUGCUUUCUCCAAGGAUGGCGAGCGACUCGUUGGAAUUGCUGCCAAGCGCCAAGCUGUCGUUAACCCUGAAAACACCCUCUUCGCCACGAAGCGUCUGAUCGGACGCAAAUUCAUUGAUCCGGAAUGCCAGCGAGACUUGAAAGAAGUUCCUUACAAGAUUGUUCAACACAGCAAUGGCGACGCUUGGGUUGAGGCUCAGGGCCAAAAAUACUCGCCCUCCCAAAUCGGUGGUUUUGUCCUUCAGAAGAUGAAAGAGACUGCCGAGUCAUAUCUUGGCAGACCUGUAAAGAAUGGUGUCGUUACUGUUCCUGCCUACUUCAAUGAUUCCCAACGUCAAGCUACCAAGGAUGCUGGUCAAAUUGCCGGUCUCAAUGUGCUUCGCGUUGUCAACGAGCCCACUGCUGCUGCCCUCGCAUAUGGUCUUGAGCGUGAGGCAGAUCGCGUUGUCGCAGUCUACGAUCUUGGUGGAGGUACUUUCGAUAUCUCCAUUCUCGAAAUCCAAAAGGGCGUGUUCGAAGUUAAGUCCACCAAUGGUGAUACCCAUCUCGGUGGUGAGGACUUCGAUAUCAGCCUAGUUCGCCACAUUGUCAACCAGUUCAAGAAAGAGUCCGGCCUUGAUCUUUCAGGUGACCGUAUGGCUAUCCAGCGUAUCCGUGAGGCUGCUGAAAAAGCUAAGAUUGAACUGUCGUCUGCUCUUCAAACCGAAAUCAACCUCCCAUUCAUCACGGCUGAUGCUUCUGGUGCCAAACACAUCAACUCGAAAAUGACUCGUGCCCAGCUCGAGGCUCUCGUCGACCCGCUGAUUUCCCGAACUGUCGAACCUGUGCGAAAGGCAUUGAAAGAUGCCAACCUCCAGGCCAAGGACAUCCAGGAGGUCAUCCUCGUUGGUGGUAUGACGCGUAUGCCCAAAGUUACUGAAUCCGUCAAGAGCAUCUUCGGCCGUGAGCCUGCCAAGUCAGUCAACCCAGACGAGGCUGUUGCGAUUGGUGCUGCCAUUCAGGGUGCUGUCCUCGCUGGUGAGGUCACUGAUGUUCUCCUCCUUGAUGUCACCCCCCUCUCCCUUGGAAUCGAGACACUUGGAGGUGUUUUCACCCGCUUGAUCAACCGUAACACUACUAUCCCAACCAAAAAGUCCCAGACUUUUUCCACUGCUGCUGAUUUCCAGACUGCUGUCGAGAUCAAGGUCUACCAGGGUGAGCGUGAGCUUGUCCGCGACAACAAGCUCCUUGGAAACUUCCAACUUGUCGGAAUCCCCCCUGCUCAUCGUGGUAUCCCUCAGAUCGAAGUCACCUUCGACAUUGACGCUGACUCCAUCGUCCACGUCCACGCCAAGGACAAGGCAACUAAUAAAGAUCAGUCCAUCACAAUCGCUUCCGGCUCUGGCCUCUCUGAUUCCGAGAUCCAGAACAUGGUUGACGAUGCUGAGAAAUACGGUGCCCAGGACAAGGAGCGCAAAGCUGCUAUUGAAGCUGCCAACCGCGCUGACAGCGUCUUGAAUGAUACCGAGAAGGCUCUCAAGGAAUUCGAGGACAAACUUGACAAAUCUGAAGCUGACCAGAUCAGGGAGAAGAUCGCGGCCCUUCGUGAGGUUGUUGCCAAUAGCCAAUCAGGCGAAGGCUCCAUCUCUGCUGAGGAGAUGAAGGCCAAGGUUGACGAGCUCCAGAACGCCAGUCUUACCCUCUUCGACAAGAUGCACAAGGCUCGUUCCGAGGAGGGCCAGCAGCAACAACAACAAUCGACCGAGAACCAGCAGGGUGGCGAGGGCGAGAAGAAACCAUGAAAAUUUGCCCGUUAAAUCUUGAUAUUUUCAAUCAAAACAACAAGGAUUCGAUUUAACUCUGGUUUUUUUCCUCUUUCGUCAAAUGAACCUAUUUCCUUUAUCAUUUAGAGGCCUUUUAUUCUGUUUUUUAUUUUUUUUAUGAAUGUCCACACAAACCCUGUUAUUUUAUCAUUUUUUCGUUCCAUUUUAGUUUUCCCUGUACACAUACCAGCCUGUUCAUUUCAUUUUAAUGCGCCCCAUACUUAGUGUUGGAGUUUAUCUUACGUGUCAUCUGCUUUAUUUCCGCAUAAGCAACCAUCGUCAUUCUUAUCCUGGUCUCAGGGGAAUGUUUUAUUACUUUUUGUUCACAGUCACCAAGGGAUUAGGGGGAAGGCGAGAAAAUUCCCUUUUUCUUAUGAUGAUUUUUUUUUCUCUUAAUUUCUCUUUUCUUUUGUCAACCGGGCGGGAAGCGCGGCGGUGGGUAAAACUCAAGGCAGAAAAAGUGUUAUGUGUUUUUUCUGAAUGUCGAACAAAAAAGCGAGCCGGAACACGGGGAGAAGGAGAAAGGUAGUUUUGGUUUUGUUGGCUGGUUGAACCCGUCUAACCCAACCGAGUCGAAGUCGACCCAACCAUUUUUGCGCAGGUACAUGUUAUUGCAUAGCAGACCGCAGCAUUUGGGUGAGAAUUCUAUGGUUGGAUUGGUUUGGGUUGCAGUAGACGAGGUCGUGGAAGCGUGGUUUUCUAUAUACCUCCCACCACCCCUCCCUCAACUCUCCUUGAAACCCACCCUCCUCUAUUCCGUUGUCCACGAUUAGAAUAUUACCAUUCUCCUCUCUUAUAGUAUUUUAUUAUCAGUUGGCUUUCAUAUAUACCUAUUUAGUUCCGUAAAUGAUUUUCUCCUUCGCGUUGCUGC